AUGAAUCCUAUUAUGAAUACAGAAAUUCCUAUUCUUGAAAACCUGAUUACUAUUCGACAUAAGUUGUCUGCACUUAAAAAAGACAGAGACAGCUUUCUUGAUUCCCAAGUUGUAAUAGAUCUCUAUAAAGAAACAGAAAGGGAGGUCGAGAAACUGAACAAGAUACGUACAGGUGAUAUUUGGAAUCCCUCUUCUCGAAAUAGAUUAAACGAUGUCCUGGAUGACAUUAUGGCAUUACUGUCCUUAUUCUUUAUGAGUAUUGGCAGAAAUAGAGAGAGUCCUGCUGUCUAUGUCCAUUUGGUGACAGUAGAGCGUUAUCUAGAUCAGUUAGCUCAUAUGGGCGUAUAUACGGAUUCUAUCUUAUUGGAAAAUCAAGAAAGAUUAAACAAUAUCAAGGAAAUCCUUUAUGCGGAUGAAAGUGGUUCCUGCUUUGUUGAUUUAUUGAAACACAAACUAGACUUGUGUAAUCAAUCAUUAAAAUCUUUAUCACAAACAAUUGAAGAUGUAUCACCUACACUUAAGCCAUUGCAAGAAUCGCUCAUCCAUCUCAGAAGCCAGUUGGCUCAGCUAGCUCAGAAACCAGGCGGAUACACGAUCGAUGACGUGGAUGCUAUCCAAGCAAAGCUUCGAGAACUAGACAACUCAAAGUAUGAAUUAUUCAAUUCCGAUCCAAAGGGGAAAGCAUUGAUAGAAGGUCUUUUGGAUCAACUUCACGAAGAAAUUCAGGACCUGAAGACAUCGAUCAACAGCGUAUCAGAGCCUCUGGUGCCUAUCGUCGAGCGAUUAAAGCAGAUAAGAUAUCAACUCGAGCGUCUGGCAUUAACUCAUAAAUGGACACUGAGAGAGACGGACCUCUAUACAUAUCAUCUGCAAUUAGAAGAAAUUGAAAAACUACGAGAAAAUGGAAGCUUUAGAGAGGCUGGAUCAGAUACCAUCCCGGAAGGACAGGCGGUUGUCAACUUUUUGCUUCGGGGUUGUUACCGAAUUAUGGCAAAGAUGUUGAGCGAAAACGUCCCUGUUGCAGAAGCAUUGAUGCCAGUACAUAAUCAGUUGAGCACAGUGCGAAGGUGUCUGAUAGAAGUUUCAAAGUGGGGGAAACCUGAUUCAAUAAGAGAUCUGUAUCCCUAUCAAUUGAAACUAGCGAGUAUUGAUAAUAUGCGUGUGAAUGGUACCUUUUGUGAUGAAGAAGGAAAUAUUCCUGAAGGUCAAGCUAUUUGUGUUGCUUUAUUGAACGAGUGUUACGAUAUGCUGCAUGAAUUGAUAGCUUUAGCAGAGUCAUAA